UAGCUGUUGGUGAGAUGGUGGAAAGGAGGGGAUGUCUUUGGCUAAGGAAACGACAGAGAAAAGAAGCUAGAAGGGUUGAUGACAGAAAAUUGAGCACAGCAAGGCUCAAGUCGACUCCCUCAACUUCUUUUGACCGCGCAGAGAAGGCUUCUGAAACCUCAGUUUCGGCAGAAAAUGCUAGAAAAACAUAUCCGCAAACAUAGUGAUGAACCUAAGAAUUAAGAAAGGCGUCUCUGUCACUGAUUUUAACUCAUGGUGUUAUUUCCCAUUUUCCCGUGUUUUCUUGCCAACCAAACGGGUUUACUCAGGCUUUGUUUCCGUUGAUCUGGUUUAAUUGUCUGCAAGGAGGGGUUGUUGCAGCUACAGCCGAGAGAGUAGCAAUGGAGUGUGUACAACUGUUGUAGCGUGAGAAUUAGAAAAUCUCUCUUAGUGAACUGAUGACCUCUUAUCUCUCAGCAGCACAACUAAAUGAGGUGGUUGAUGUUGAUGGCCGUGUACAGCGGAGUGAAAGAAAUGUAACUGUAGUUUGCAGUGGGAGUUCAGAAUCAAGAAAGCUGGCAAGCUGGUCUACGAUGUUGUUGAAGGUCUCGAAUAGUCGUAGGAGAUUUUUAAAUGCUUCAAGGAUCAUAACAAUGUUGAAGGUUUCAAAUAGUUGAGCUCUCACCGGGAACAAGUUUUUCCAACAACUUUCUUACAUGCUAUCAGCAGCGUGAAGAACUGAAAAAAUUAGAUAAAAAAUGGGGAAUUGCGUCUACAUUCUUUCAAGUCCUUGCUUUUCUUUUAUCGUAACUUUCCAUCCGAUUCUUUCAUUUUCUUUGUUUCUAUUCCCUUUGUACCCUAUUGUUCCUUUCUUGUUCUUUCUUUCCUCUGCGAUUGUUCUUUUCUCGUUCUACAAUAUUCGUUGGAUCUUCGUCAAUGGAUAUGGAUUAUUCAAUCACAAUAAAUUUGUUAAGAUUGAUGAAAGAAGGAAUGAGUCUCAUGUUAUGAUGUGAAGAGAAAUAUAGACCAACCAUGAUAGUGAAAGGCACCAUCAACGGUGAAUGUGUAAAUGGCAUGACAGAGGAAAAGAAGAAUAUGACGAUGAAUGUUAUAUUGAGCUGCCAAAAUUGUUAAAUGGUAAGUUUUUCCAACCACAUCAAAAAGUGAGAAAUUAGAAAGUUUUUAAGAGGAAAUUGAUGUGUGAGACUCUGUUGUAAGCCCUAGAUAAUGUUUAUCCUCAGACAAAUAUAUAUGUUUUAGAGAAAUUGACAUUCCUCAUUUGUUUUUUCUUUUGUUCUCUGUCUUAGUCCAUGCCCUAAUAUUCUAAAUCUCCUUAAUUAAAUAAGUCUAAUUAUCUCUGUAAUUUUUUCAACUUUCUUCUCUCUUAUUUAUUUUCUAUUUGUUUGUUUUCUUUUUAAAUCUUAACCCAAAUCAUAUUCGUCAUUGUGGAUCAAUAACUAUAAUAAAAUAGUUGUACAGUACAAUUUCUCCUAUUUCAGUUUGAAUCCUGCCGGAUGAAUCCGGCAACCGUGCCUAUUUGACUAGGAAAAAGAAGGAAAAGACGAGAGGAAACCGUGUGGAAGAUGACGAAAACUUCCAACUCCAUCACUUCGAGAUUAGAAGAAACAUCAUCUUCAACAACUGAAUAUGCUGAAAAAGUAGAAAGCUUUCUAACCAAAGUUGGAAUCUGUGCAUCUAUUUCUGAAAGCAACAGAUCCAAGGAUUUCUAUUCCAAUCUACUUCGCGAUCUCCUGAAGGUCAACCAUGUCCAAUUCGGUCGCAUCUCUUGCGACUUCUCCGUCCUACCCAUUGUCGCUAAUCAUUUCAAUUCGCUCCAUGGAGGAGCCGUUGCAGCUAUAGCAGAGAGAGUAGCUAUUGCUUGUGUUAGAACUGUUGAAGCUGAGGACAGGGAAAUCUCUCUUGGUGAACUGGUCAUCUCUUAUCUCUCAGCUGCACCACAAAAUGAGGCGGUGAUUGUUGAUGGGCGUGUACAGAGGAGUGGAAGAAAUAUAACAGUAGUUGCAAUGGAGUUCAGAAUCAAGAAAAAUGGCAAGUUGGUCUACACUGCAAAUGCUACCUUCUAUCACCUGCCUUUCGCCAAACUGUGAUAUCAGAUAAUUCUAAAUAUGUAUCCAAUGUCUUGCCUGUAGGCUAUAUAGUUCAUUAAGGACAAUGCUUGCUUCUGCAUUCUGAAAUCUUGUCGAUUCUUGACGCUGAUAAGAUACCACCAUUUUGUAUUAGAAGUGAAAUGUCAUUUGCAUUUAAACCAA